AUGAAUGAACCAUGCUAUAAAGAAGUCCACGGGUUCUAUACAUCUGACCUCAAGAAACCUUUACUGAAGAAAGUGAAUGCUUGGCCACAUGCUGGAAAGAGAAACAGCAGCUCUGGAGUUUCUUUUUCUUGCCCACAUGUCUGUCUUUGCCUCUCCUUUUUGUGCCUAACAGGCAGUCUGCUGGGACAUCCUCAGUCUGAUUAUGGGCUACCUUUCCAGCCCCCUUCAUGCUUAGAGUUCUGCUCUGCCUAUGAAAAUUUUGGCUGCUGUGACCAGGAGAGAGAAAACGGCAUUGCAGCAAAAUACUGGAACAUCAUGGAUUACCUUGAUUCACAGGGGCAGAAACUGUGGAACAUACAUCAAAUACAUCCCGUGUCAGGAUGCCCCAAACGAAAUCUCCUUGAGCUUGAGGACCUAGCUGCAAAUCAUAACAGUGGGCAGCUGCUCUUUGGUGUGGAUGGCUUUUUGUAUCURUUCAUAGGGGAUGGAGGGAAAGCUGGAGACCCCUUUAGAAAAUUUGGGAAUGCUCAGAACAAGAGCACUUUGUUGGGGAAAGUGUUGAGGAUUGAUGUGGAUGGGAGAAGCCCUGAUGGAAAGCCUUACCGCAUUCCUCCUGAUAAUCCAUUAGUGUUGGAUCCCAAAGCCCACCUGGAGGUGUAUGCCUAUGGGGUCAGGAAUAUGUGGUGUUGUGCRGUGGACAGAGGGGACCCUGUCACGAAAAAGGGAAGAGGGAGGAUAUUCUGUGGGGAUGUGGGGCAGAACAGGUUUGAGGAAAUCGACCUCAUUGUUAAAGGAGGAAACUACGGCUGGAGAGCAAAGGAGGGAUUUGAAUGCUACGACACAAAGCUUUGCCACAAUUCCUCCUUGGCUGGUUUCUCCUCCAGGCACAGCCCCGGUCAGUCCAUCCAGCAUUCCCUGCUAGGAAGCGCGCUGGCAUGGACAGCAAGCCACACAAACUCCGGCUUUCAAAACAUUGCCAGGGCCACUGCCGUGUGCCUGAUGGCGACUCAAACUUCCCGAGGAACCUGCCAGCCAGGAAAGCUGAUGGCAGCUCUGCCGAGAGCUCCACCAGGGAAGUGUAAACACAAGCCUGUUCCAGUGAAAACAAAGAACAAGCGGAUAUCAUUUGUUCCACGUGUGAAGACUGUCCUUGAGCUGCUAAAUGAACCUUCAACAACCAAGCAUCCAAAAAAAUCUUCUGUCCCAAGAGUUUCUUCUAAGAAAGCAAGAAAGACCCCAUUCACCAAAAUAAAAGCAUCAAGGGCAAAGCCAGCUCCAUCUGGUAAAGGCAGACAGAGAAUCAAAACUGAGGCUAAACCUCACAAGAGAAAGAAGGUUGCACACCACUCCAGAAUCAUACCAGCACCAAAAAAGAGCUCCCACCUAGCCAGAACCAAGAAGGUUCUUCCAAAGAAAGCAGCACUAGCUAAGGGAAAAUUGGAGAAGAGGAGGAAGAAGCUGCUUUUGAAGCUCAGUGAUGUCCCAGAAAAYGCAAGUCAUGUAUGA